AUGGAGGACAAAUCACCGGCGUUACCGAUUUCUGAAGAUUUAUCCCGGAAAAUAAUCUCUCUCGCCGCCGGCGAAGCGCAUACCAUCGCUCUGACCGGCGAUGGAUGUGUUUACUCUUGGGGAAGAGGAAUGUUCGGUCGUCUUGGCACUGGUAAGGAAUCGGACGAGCUUGUUCCAGCUCUAGUCGAGUUCGCGUUUCCAGAUCGACCAGCCGGAGAUCGGCCUCGAAUCGUUGGUGUUGCUGCUGGUGCUUAUCACAGUCUCGCUGUCUCAGGCAGAGAAGCUAGAUCAGAUUUAAAGGUUUGUGCUGUCAAGGCUGGAUCCAUGAUGUCUCUUGCCAUUGAUAAUGUCGGAGGUCUUUGGAUGUGGGGAAAUGUUCCACCACAAGACAGCGGAGCUGAGCCUCGUUUGUCUUUUACUAGCAUCCCGAUUCCAUUUACUAUACCCGAGUUUCAUGGCCGGACUGUUUUGAAGGUAGCAUGUGGGGAUGAACACGUUGUUGCCCUUGUUGGUCCCGGGGAGAUCCCCAAAGACAACAGUGAUGAUGAAUCUGUGUUGUAUUCUUGGGGCAAUAAUCAUCAUGGCCAGUUAGGGCUUGGGGAUAGAGAAAGCCGUGCAAGGCCUCAGAUUGUGGAGACAUUUAACCAGAACUCUGAUCUUAUAGUAUACGACAUAGCUUGCGGUGCUCAUCACACAGCUCUCCUCACCUACAGGAAGGAGACACCAAAAGGACCAAGCAUGUGCUGGACCUUCGGCUUUGGAGAAAAUGGCCAGCUAGGGCAUGGAAGUACUAAGAGCUCAUUGAUUCCAGAGCCAGUUUCACAGAUCCCGGAACAUGCUUACUUAGUCUCUGUAGACUGUGGGUUAUUCCACACUAGUGUGGUGUCAUCUGAGGGAUUCGUGUGGUCGUGGGGAAUGGAGAGGGGAUUGGGGUUAUGCCCUGAUGUCAAUUUCAUAGACGUGGAAGCAGGAGAUGACAGUGUACCAAGAAAGAUCUCAGGUGGGUCAAGAUUUCGUGACCCGGUUCAGGUUUCUUGCGGGGCUGCACAUACAGUUCUUGUGGCGAACGGUGGUUACAAGCUAUGGUCUUGGGGAAGAGGAAGGAAUGGAGUGCUCGGGACCGGGAAUGUUGUGGACUGUUAUGUCCCUACUCCCGUCUUCUGGCCAAAUGAACUGAAACCGGACAAAGAAGAAGUAGCUGAAGCUGAGAAAAGCUCAUCAACAAUGGAGGAGGUUAAACGCUUAGAAGCGAAACUAAUGGUGAUGGAAAGAUAUGCAAGCAUACUUCAUGGAUCAAUAUUCGGAAAACCUUUUAACGAAGAGGAAGAUAUUCCGUAUUCAUUACGGGUUUCUGGGUAUUUCGAUAUGGGAAAAGAGUGGGGAGAGAUGCUGGAGAGUGCAGAUAAGAGUCAGCUUAUGAGGCUUCAAGCUUUCUAUGAAGACAUGAUUGUUAGGGUUAAAGACAAGGUGUUGCAGAGAAGGAUUCAAGAGAUUAUAAAAGAUUGUCUUCAAUCUUCAGCUCCUAAACACUAA